CAAAGCUCUCUAUAGUCUCUAUUAUAUAUAAUUCAUUAUAUAAUACAGGAACCCGUUGCCGAAACCGCGUUGCUUUUUCUUCUCCUCCAAACCAAACCCAAAUUUUCUCUUGCUUGCCCUCUUUUAUUCUCUGCCUUUCUUUUCCAAUUCAAUAAAAACGAAACCCGAUAGCUGUAAUUCUUGACCCAUUUCAAUCCCCUCUUUCCUCCGUCUUCUUUGCCUUUUUCUGCUCAAUGAUCUGUAGACCUUUUGUAUUGAAUCCCUUGAAGCUCCAGUUUUGAUUCUUCUUAUUUUUUCUUAUUUAUUUUUGAAUUUUUUUUUCUUCUGUCCUUGUUGAUUCAAUGGCCAAUCACGAAUCCUUAUAGGGUUUGUGCGGCGACCAUUUGUAUAUUUGGUUUAGUUUUAGCAUUCUGAUUUUUGGUACAUAUAUUUCAACCCUGACAAUGGAAGCUGUAUAUUAGGGUUUGAAGAUUUUGGUUUUAUAGGGUUUGGUAUUCAAAUUUUUUUGGUGGAAAAUCGCAGAGAUGUCUUCCGCAGGUGUGGUCUCCAUUGUCCCUGUUCGCGAGGAGGGUUUGACGUUUUUGCCCCCUCCGUCCCCCGAGCACAGCCAAGAAUCCAUUAUGAUUUUCGUGGCUAUGUCCGAAGGCUCAAUGGUCCCGGUUAGGGUUUUGGGGUCCGAUUCAAUUGAGUCCAUGAACCUCCGGAUCCAGACCUGUAAAGGGAUUUUCACCAGAAAACAAAAACAGAAACUUGUCUGUGAAGGCAGAGAAUUAGCACGAAGCAAUUCACUCGUGCGGGACUAUGGCUUAACAGACGGCAACGUCUUGCAUUUAAUCCUCCGUCUCUCAGACCUUCAGGUCAUUACAGUAAAAACUUGCUCUGGGAAAGAAUUUACUUUUCACGUCGAGAGGAGCCGUAAUGUGGGUUAUGUCAAGCGUAAGAUAGCCAAGGAGAAAUCGGAGAAUGCAGAGGAUCACGAGGUUUUGCUCAAUGGCGAGCCGAUUGAGGAUCAGAGGCUGAUCAAUGAUAUCUCCAAGCACAAUUCCGAUUCAGUGAUUCAUCUGUUUGUGAGAAAGACUGCUAAAAUUCGAGCUUCCCCUGUAGGGAAGAACUUCGAGUUGUCUAUUACUGCACCACCGCUGCAGAAUGACGUUGAAGAUUUUGAAGUUGAAAAGACUUCGAAUAGAGAGACGUUAUUGGAGCCCGUGAUAGUCAACCCGAAGGUCGAAUUCCCUUCCGAGAUUAUUAACAUGAUUGAUUCCACUCUUGAAGGGUUGGAGACUGGAAAAUAUCCUGUUACAGCUUCAGAAGGUACUGGGGGCGCAUAUUUUAUGUGGAACUCGUCAGGAACUAAGUAUUUAUCUGUUUUCAAGCCAACAGAUGAAGAGCCUAAGGCCGUGAAUAACCCUCGUGGUCUGCCUUUGUCGGAUGAUGGUGAAGGGUUGAAAAAGGGGACUAGAGUUGGAGAAGGUGCAAUCAGAGAAUGUGCUGUAUAUUUACUCGACCACCCGAAAAUGGGCCCGCGCUCGAUUUCCGGUGAUAUUACGGGCUUUGCCGGAGUUCCCCCAACUGUUUAUGUGAGGUGCCUUCACCGGGGAUUUAAUCAUCCGGAUGGCUUGUCGGUUAAGAGUGGUUCUCUGCAGAUGUUUAUAGAGAAUAAUGGAAGUUGUGAGGAUAUGGGCCCGCGGGCUUUUCCGGUUCAGGAAGUGCACAAAAUUGCUGUGCUGGAUAUUAGGAUGGCGAAUGCAGAUAGGCAUGCUGGGAAUAUAUUGGUUGGUAAAGGAGAAGAUGGGCAGACGGUGCUAAUUCCAAUUGAUCAUGGAUAUUGCUUGCCAUAUAGUACUGUUAUUGUUCUUGGAUAUGGAUGUAACACAGAUUGCAUAGAGGGCUUAGAACAAGCGUUUGAGGACUGCACGUUCGACUGGCUCUACUGGCCUCAAUCUCGCCAGCACUUCAGCUCCGACACCAUUGAAUAUAUAAACUCGUUAGAUGCUGAAAAAGACAUUGCCCUGCUCAAAUUCCACGGCUGGGAUAUACCAAUUGAAUGUGCUCGUGUGCUACGUGUUUCCACUAUGCUUUUGAAGAAAGGCAUAGAAAAAGGUCUUACCCCAUUUGCCAUAGGCAGUUUAAUGUGCAGACCAACAGUUAGGCAGCAAUCUGUGAUUGAAGAGAUUUUGCAAGAAGCUCAGGAUUCUGUGCUGCCUGGCUCGAGCGAGGCCACUUUCCUUGAGUCGGUUUCUGUUUUCAUGGAUCGUCGUCUGAAGGAAAUUGAUUAGUACUGUUUGAUAUGGGAAACAUCAUGCAUAAAGUUUGUGUAUAUGUGCAUAUUGUGUUUUGUACAUAUUCACAGGUUGAUGGUUAUGGAAGUGUGUAUCCGUUUCGUAUUUGCUUUUCAGUUUCGGGGAUAAUUGUCUCUCUGGAUUGAUUGGUCUCUGUUCGUUGGGGAUUAAUUCGGAUAAUUCGACUGUCAGUUUUUUGGGUGAUUUCUUCUGGUGUUUUAUUAUGUGAUUUGAACCCUUUAUAGUGGAAAAAAUGAAUGAAGGGCUUAUUAUUAUUAUUUUUAUA